UUCGUUUCAUUCUGAUUCGAGCUUGUUCACAUAUGAUGUGUAUGCUAUGAAAUCUACAAUUGAAAUAAUUGAUAGAUCUAAAAAAUAAGUUAAAAAGAAAAGAAAAGAAAAUGAAAUUGAAACAAUUUUGGUUGUAGAAUUUUUUUUUAUAUAAUAGGUAUAGAUGUGUGUGUAUGGUUUUGUGUUGUAUGAUUUUUCAUUAGUUGAUUUUGUAUUUUUUGAUGUGUUAGUAUGUGUUGAAUGUUGAAAUCUUGUAGUUUGAAUUCUGUGUUAUUUAUUGACAUCAUUGGGUGCAGGUCCGGCCUAACCCGGCCGGCCUUCAGCUUUUUGGGCCCUAAAUGAACCCCUCAGCCUCUCCAUCUUUAGAUACCGCUAGAAAAAUAUAGGGAAAAUUAGUCUAAGGUCCCUCUCCCAUUUAUAGUAAUGGAAGAGAUCCACAAUAAUAUUUUAUAAUGUCUAAGGUCCUUCAACCCCACACAGAGAAAUUUGACUUCUCUCUCUGCCAACUUCUCCAUUACCGAAUCUUGCUCUAUCUCUCUCGUCUAUCGAGCAAAACCUCCUUGAUGAACAAGAUCAGAAAUUGUGAUGCAACUUGCAUAUUGAUUAAGGUCCAGCAGUGCAAGGCGGCCGCUCUCGACGACAUCGGCAGCAGCGACGAUGGUGGAGAAGGCGAAGUGGCGCCGCCGGUUAAUCGGAGGAAAUCGUCAUUUUGGUCUGUGUUCAGGGCGCAGAAGAGCAAGGAAUGCAAAGAAGAGAGAGAAGACGGAAAAUCGAAGAUCGAGAUCGAGGCGGAGAAGAAUUACGCACACCAGGUGAUGAUGAUGAGAUCGAGAUUUGUAUACGUUCCGAUAGCGUCGGAUUCCAGCACCGAAAACAUGAGAUCGUCGUCAGUGAAAAGCAGGGGAUUGUAUUUUCCUAGCCCAAUCAAGUUUUUCCAGCAAUCGAAGACGUCGAAAGUCGUUCAGGAACGGUCUCCUUUGUACAGAGGUUGAUAAAUUUUUGUAUUGAUGAUCAAGAACUCCACAACUUCACUACUAGAUCAAAUUUUCUGAGGAUGGAGAGAGAUUUUUCUCUAAAGAAAGAUUUGGAGAGGAACCAAUUUCAUAUGGAGUGAACUUUGUGUUCAGCUGUUCAAGGAGAGAGAGAGGGAAUUUCUCUGGAGAGAGGGAAGGCCUUAAUUUCUCUGGAGAGUGGAAAGGUUAGGGGAAGGUCAGAGAAAUUUUCAAAAUUUCUCUAAAAAAUCCAGAGAAAUUCUAACCAGAGAAUCUCUGGACCAACCCAGAGAAAAUUCAGUCCAAAUCAGAGAAUUUCUCUAGACCAACCCAGAGAAAAUUCAGUCCAAACUAGAGAAUUGAAAAUGUCAAUCAUGGAAGUCCUAGUAGACUUGAAAAUGUCAGCAAUUGCCAUGAAGUGUAUGGGCUUUACAAGUGGAAAAGGUAGACAGAAAUGGCAAUAUAUCAGACAACUCCAUUGUGGAAUCUAUAUUAGGUGUGGAUAUAUCCCCAGAUGAUGUUGUAGGAGUUUUAGGUCAGAAAUAAUUCUGGAAAGCGAGAAGAGCUAUUGUCCAGUAAGUAUCUCUGAUUGAUCAUUACUAUGUUCAUUUGCUAUGGAUUAACUAUAUUGAAAUGAAGGAAUCAUGCAUACUAUGUGAAGCACAAUGCAUUUUUAUACCUAAAUUUAAAUUUAAAGGUUUAUAAUUGUUCACAUGUGCAUAUCAAGGUGUAGUUUUUUUUACACAAUUUUCUCUGAAGCAAAGCACUAGUCCUUAUUGUUGUCUAGAGAAAUUUGGCAUUUUCUCUGUGAAUUUUCUCUGAGAAAUUCUUUGGGAGGUCCAGAGAAAUAGAGAAACCUCCCAGAGAAAUUCUAGUUCUCUGGAGAGAAAUUCUUUCAGAGGUCCAGAGAAAUUUUGGGGAGAAAUUUCU